AUGGCUUGGAAUCUCGACUUGCUUGAUGUAUCAGCAACCGGUUUGGCGUAUAUCUGCCUGGGAGGUUUUGUUGUUUUGUUCUCCAUGAUCUCGCUCCUGGUGAGGGAAAAGCUUUACAUCAGUGAAGUCGUACUUGGGACGGCCUUUGGAAUACUUAUGGGCCCUCUUGUCGCAAAUAUAUUCGACCCUCGAUCCUGGGGAACAGAUUCGAACGUGAUCACUCUGGAAGUAAUGAGAGUGGUCUUGGCCACCGGACUUUUCGCUAUUGGCAUCGAGCUACCCCAGUCUUACUUGGCGGAGCACGCCAAGGGGCUCUUAGUCUUGGUUAUUCCUACAAUGGCGUUCGGAUGGCUUGUCGUUGCAGGCAUAAUGGACGCUCUAUUCCCGCACCUUGACUUCAUUUCAUGUCUCGUUAUAGCAGCAUGCCUCACUCCCACAGAUCCAGUUAUCUGUGCAACAAUCGUCGGAGGGAAGUAUGCUGUGAAGCACGUCCCUGUAAACCUUCGCCGUAUCUUGGCCGCAGAGUCAGCAGCAAAUGACGGACUAGCCUAUCCCUUCCUCAGCAUCUCAAUAUAUCUCACUAUUGAAGCUUCUCGCGGUGCUGCAUUCAGCAAGUGGUUCGUGGUGGGCUGGCUAUACCAAGUCAUUUUGGGCACAGUAAUCGGGGCUGUCCUGGGUUUAGCUUUCUCCCGUCUCAUGAAAUACACCCAUAAAAAAGGUUACAUCGAUAGAGAGUCCUACGUGGCGCAGUAUCUGGCCCUCGCCAUAUUCACAAUUGGGAUAGUCCGCACACUUGGAAGCGAUGACCUCCUCGCUGCCUUCGCUGCCGGAAGCGCGAUAUCAUGGGACGGUCAUUUCAACGAUCAGGUGGAAGGGGAAGUAUUUGCCUCAGUGAUCGACCUCGUCCUCAACUGUGCUUGCUUCAUCUACAUCGGCGCUUGGAUUCCCUUCCAUACAUUCAACUCUGCUCAUUUAUUUGUCUCGCCUUGGCAGCUCGUCGUUCUGGUGAUCACUAUUCUGCUUCUACGAAGAAUCCCUUUCGUACUUCUCCUCCAUUUCUGGGUUCCAGAAAUCACGACUUGGCAGGAGGCUUUGUUCUGUGGGCAUUUUGGUGGGCCUGAGUUUAUUCAUUUGAGUAUGGGGGUUGGCGCGAUUUUCGUAUCAACUUUAGCACUGACCCGACUCCCCGAACCACAAAGCCCGCCUCAAAGCCAGGCCGAGCUACUCGCGGCUGUCCUGCACCCCAUUGUGUCGUUUGUAGUCCUCUGUUCCAUCAUUAUUCAUGGGCUGUCUAUUCCGUUCUUCUCUUUCAGUCGCAAGGCUACACGCUCGCUGUCGAUCUCUGCGACUUUAGCUUCUGGAAAUGUUCCUGAGUGGCUUGUUUCCGCGCGAAGGGCGCCAACUUCAGAUAACAUUGCCAAGAGGGGUUCGACACCGCUCCACACUGGGACAAGUCCCGCUGCAGACAUCGAGGCUGGUUCUACGGCAACCCCCACUCAUCCGCAACUUAGUUCACACAAUGUCAACCGCGUUUCUGUUGAUGGCGAAGUAUGUGUACACCUGUUCUCCUGGGUGAUCUCCGAGUCGCUGACUUUUUUGAAGGCUGAUGUCGGAACGUACGUUCAAGAGGGACCUAUCAUCGGUGGAGAAGCUAGUGGCAAUGUCGAUGGCAAAGCAGUCCGAUUCCCCUCCGAUGAAUAA